AAUGUAGGAAGGCUUGACGGUUGACAGUUAAAGCUUUCAGGGAACAAUCCAGCUCUCUUCAGAACAAGUCGUGCCCCAGCCAAUGGAGGAAAUUAUUCAGGGAAAAUAAAAGUUCAACUACCCAUCAGGAAUAUGAUAUUGACAAUGAGUUCCUAUUAACAUCUAAACAAGUGAUCUCCACAUAAACGAAAUCCAAGUACAGCUAGCUUGCAAGCUAGAGCAGCACAAGUUGGUAGUUCUUCAGCAGGGCCUGAACUGCGCCAAAGAAUAUAAUAAAAGAAGAAGAAGAAGAAGAAGAAGAAGAGUUGUGGCCAACUAACUUGUCACCAUAUUUAAGGAGUUGAUAUGCUACCCUCUUAGAAGAUUUAGCUCCUUCUCCUUCCUACCCCUCUAAACCAGACUGCUUGUGCUCAUCUGCUUCUGUUUUGCUGUUCAUCUUCAGAGUUAACUUGGUCUAGUAACGAGUCAGAAGCAAAGGCUGCUCGUCGGAGUUCUAAAACUGAGAGGCUAGUUCCAGAGGAGCUCUUUUUCGUCGAGGCCUCAAGGGCUUCACCAAUGGCGAUAAAGAUGAAGGGUAUCUUCAAAGGGCUGAAGAUAAUCUCUCAGAUGUUUGCGCAUAAGGAACAUGAGAUGGAGAUCGGGUACCCUACAGAUGUAAAGCAUGUGGCUCACAUAGGUCUGGGCACCAGUGACACUUCUCCAAGCUGGAUGGCUGAAUUCAAGGGGACAGAGGAAUUGUCAGCAGGCUCUAUGAGCACGGCUGCACAGUCAAGGCAGACUUCUUGGGCCUCUGCAGACUUUGAGCAUCCAAGAAGCAUGAUGCCCAUUGAGAUCUUCCCGGACAACAGCAAGGCCCGCCAACAAGAGGGCCCCUCUUUCCCUGACGUGGCAAGAGGAGGCCCGAGGAAGCCGAAGAGGAAGAAGAACAGGGCGUCGUCGCCUACCUCGUCUGCAAGGUCAUCGUCUUCAAGGUCAAGAGCUUCAUUUGCUACUGCGUACGACGCCUUCAGUGAGUCGCAAAGAGGGUUCCGGGUCGCCUGAACGGCAGGCAGAAACCAUGCGUGUAUGCAGAUCACCAUGCCUGUAAAUGCUUUCGGUUUAGGGAGACAGCUUUGGUUUGGAAUUGUUUGAUUCUUUGUUUUCUUUUUUACAGUCAGACCUAGUUGGAAAUCCAAAGGAAAAUCGACUUAAAUUAAUGUUUGAAAUGCAGUCAUCAUCUCUGAUCUUA